AGAGGGCGCUAUCGUCCUAACAAACCGCCCAUGCUUCCUCUGUCUGCUCGUCACAUUGUCCAACAUGGCUGCGCCCUUGGCAGGAACCUGCCGCUUUCUACCGCGGCAUGCGUCCUGUGCCCUGCUCAGGAGAACGGGUGUGUGGCUCAGCCUCAGGUGUAGACUUCACCGCUCCUCCCCUGCACUCAGCGGGCUGCUCUUCUCCCUCAACAGACGCGGUGUUCUGAAGGACUCUUUCCCGGAAAACGCAGCCCAGGACCAGCUGCCGCGGCUCCUCCAGUCCGGUGCUCAGACUGUGUACUGCGGCUUUGACCCCACGGCCGACAGCCUCCAUGUGGGCAACCUGCUCGCCAUCAUCGGCCUGCUGCACUUCCGCAGCGCCGGGCACCACGUCCUCGCGGUGCUCGGGGGGGCCACGGCUCAAAUCGGGGACCCGAGCGGGAAGACGAGCGAGAGGGAGCCGCUGUCCGCGGACACCGUGGAGGAGAACACCCGGAGCAUCCGGGAGAGCAUCCAGAGGAUCUUCUCCAACCACGAAGUGCACUUCCACGAUGCCUCCAGGAAACCGGGCACAGUGGCCGUGCUGAACAACCUGAGCUGGUACAAGGACUGGGGCGUUGUUCCCUUUCUGUCCGAGGCCGGCAGACACUUCAGGAUGGGCACCAUGCUGAGCCGCCACAGUGUCCAGUCCAGGCUGAAGAGCACAGACGGCAUGAGCCUGACUGAGUUCACCUACCAGGUGUUCCAGGCCUAUGACUUCCACCACCUCAACCAGGUGUACGGCUGCAGGAUCCAGCUCGGGGGCACCGACCAGCUGGGCAACCUCAUGUCUGGCCACGACUACAUCCACAAAGUGAGUGGAGAGGAGGUGUACGGACUGACCACCCCCCUGGUGACCAGCUCUGUCGGGGACAAGCUGGGGAAGACGGCGGGCAACGCAGUGUGGCUCAACAGAGACAAGACAUCACCGUUUGAACUGUAUCAGUUCUUUCUGCGACUGCCUGACAACGCUGUGGAAGGGUAUCUGAAGCUGUUCACCUUCCUGCCUCUGGCGGAGGUGGAGAGGCUGAUGGAGCAGCAGAGGGAGGAUCCAAGUAAACGGCUCGCACACAAGCGACUGGCUGCAGAGGUGACCAAACUGGUGCACGGAAAGGAGGGCCUUGAAAGUGCUAAGAGAUGCACCGACGCACUUUUCCACAGCAGUGUGCAGGCCUUGGAGGAAAUGAGUGACGAGGAGCUUCAGGAGCUUUUCAGGGAGGCUCCCUUCCUCGAGCUGCUGCUGGAGCCGGGGACCACUGUGAUAGACGCCUGCCGAAAAGUCAACGCAAUCCCAGAGGGACCCAGAGGGUAUCAGAUGCUUUCGGACGGUGCAGUGUGGAUCAACCACAGACGGACAAAUAAACCAGAGCAAAUACUCAUCCCCAAACUCCACAUCCUGUCUAAUGGACUAACGUUGCUCAAAGUGGGCAAGAGGAACUUCUACAUCAUCAAGUGGCUCAGUCUCUGAAGUCCCCUGCUCUCAGCAAUGGACCAGUUUACUGUAAUGGACUGACUGGGAAGGUAGGAGACUGCACCUCAGCAGGUCAAAGAGGAGACAUGGAUGGACUGAUAUUUUGGUACAUAGCAGGUUUUGAUGUAGUUGGUUUCCCUCUGGUUGUAAUAUAAAUAUGUAUAUGUACAGAUGUGACAUUUAUCAAAAGCUGCGGUAUUAAAAAUAAUUUGACAUAAAGACGUUGUUCCUGUUGGAUUUGUACUCCCACAGAGAUCUUGCAAAGUGAACACUAGGGGGCAGCAUGGUCCCAGUCAUAAUGGUGGUGCUGCAGGCGGCCACAGCUGCACCACAUCGCCUGCUGUGACCCCAUAGAUAAAUAAUUGCUAAUAGUAAAAUUAAAUUGCAUCAUUUCUCGCAAA